AUGGUGUACAUUCGGCAACAAGUGUUGCCCAACUUACGCAAUUACAAGUAUGCGGGUGUGGAUCAUUCAUUGGUCAGUCGCUAUAUCUUGAAGCCCUUUUACAGCAAGUGUGUGAUCAAUCUGUUCCCCAUGAACAUGGCGCUGGCUGGGCCCAGUCGCUGGACGAGCGACGGGCCCAGCUUUGGCCAGAGUUUUUCCUCCGGGCCCUCGCUGGUCGUGACGGAGAUUACUUUGACUGGAUUCAUGUUCGUCGUCUUCAAUUUCUUGACCGUGAUGUGGUACAAUCCAAACAUGGAUACGGACUGCCCACCAUGGGUUUACGCAAGUUGCGCCAUUGGCAUGUUCCUGUAUCAGACCUUUGAUGCUGUGGAUGGCAUGCAAGCACGGAGAACACGACAAAGUGGACCGCUAGGCGAGCUCUUUGAUCACAGCGUGGAUGCGUGCAACACCGCCCUGGGAGUGCUUAUCUUCGCGGCUGCCAUGAAUUUGGGAAACUCUUGGAUGACUAUUUUGUGUCUCUUUGGAUCAACCAUGACCUUUUACGUGCAAACAUGGGACGAGUACUACACCAAGGUUCUGACUCUCGGUGUAAUCUCUGGCCCGGUGGAGGGUGUCCUGACCCUUUGCGCGGUCUACGCCAUUACCGCCUACCAGGGUGGAGGUAGCUUCUGGCACCAGCCUAUGCUGGAGACCUUUGGGGUGGCCAAGCCCAGCUUCCUCUCGGAACAAGUGUACAGAAUGCCCUUCACUCAAUGGUACCUCGUUUACGGCGCCUUUGUGCUGUUCUUCGCCACUGGCUCCAGCAUCUGGCAUGUCAUGCAGGUGCGCCGCCAGCGUGGCCAAGACCCAUACACCCCGCUCUAUGGCCUGUUGCCCAUGAUUGCGAUCUGGACCCUGACCCCGGCCUAUCUCUACCUGCAACCGGUGAUCCUGGAGAACUACUCCAUCCCCUUCAGCCUAUACGUUGGUCUAGUCAAUGCCUACGCGGUUGGCCGGAUGAUCGUCGGUCACCUGGUGCAGUCUGGCUUCCCGUACCAUAAUAUUCUGCUGUAUCCCCUGGCCCUUGCUGUCCUGGACAGUGCCGGAUCAGCGGCCAAUCUGUGGGCCGCUCCUCUCCUCGGACAGGGUCCCUAUCAGAUCAUGUUCGUAUUGGGAUGCCUGGGCUUGUCAAUCGGUAUCUAUGGAAGCUUCGUGUACGACGUGAUUACCACCAUCUGCGACUACAACGAUAUUUGGUGUCUGACCAUCAAGCACCCCUUCGUCGAGGAGACCGAGCGCAAAGAUCUGGGCGACGCGAUGAAGCUCUCGGUCGAUUCAGAGCAGAAGAAGACCUUGUAG